AUGGUUAACGUAAAGGAGGGCGAUAGCCCGUUGGCUACGUCUUCUCAGAAGUCGAGCAAUAGCCACACCAAAAACACGUACAAGAAGAGGUUGAUGAGGAAGGUGAAUGAGACACAGAACAGCGAUUUGUUGCCGAGGUAGGCGAUGUCCUGAUGCAUAAUGUUUUGUUUUGUAGCUCGAGUUUGUGGCUGGAGGAGAAGUCGCGGUUGGAAGCGGUGCAACGGGACUGGAGAUUGUCGAGACCACCAAGGGUAAUAUUUAAUCUAAAGUAAUAUUGUUCUGGGUUUAGGCAAGGGUUCAGACGGCGAGUGGAAGAACGUCGAUUGGCGAAAACAACGAACGGACUCCCACCGAGCAUUUGACUCAAAAGUCUAUCUUCGACAGAAACAGGUAAUACAUUGAAGUAGUUACUGUAACAGGUACUUUUAGCUUGGUAAACGUGAAAAGUUUAAAAAUACAUUAAAGAAUAUAGCAUGAUAAAGAAAAUUGUAACAUCAAUUUUUACAAAUUUUCUUUAGAAUCCCGACUGCCGGAGCUGCUGUUGAUGUGACUGAAUUGGCAGAGUUUACCAGAAGUCCACCCCAAGUUACGAUAAAAGAAAAUGAACCUUUAUCCAAUUUGGUUCCGUAUCCAGAACCGUUCUCUCCACAGAAAGAAUUGGAAGUCGACGCAAUCCAGACUUCAGAAGGCACUCAAACGAUGCAACAAGCCUCCCCUAAGGUCGCUGAUGUUGUAGUCGAGAAAGUAGAGGGUGAGUGUGCUUAUUUUAUAUUUUUCUUGUUUAGGUGGUUAUUAGUGGUAAUGUCUUAAUUAAAUUUAUGCUUGGCUUUGACUUAUUAUGCAUACAUUCAGAAGGAGUUCCAAAAGAAACAGAGCAAAAAGUCGAUGUACCAGCUGACAAAAAGGCUCAAGAAAAGGUCGUAGAAGAUGACGAUGACUUUGAUGCGGAAGCUGAGGAAAAGCCCAUCGACAAAAGUCCAGGUUGAUCGUUUUGUACAUCUUUUGAGCUUUUAGAUUAAAAAAAGUUUGCUAUGAUUUAGCAAUUAAAAUGGUUAUCUGGUUCUUGGUUGUUCUAACAACCUUAAUAUACAUUUAAACUAUUGUUAAUUAUUUUAGACAACCGUUUCUUGAAGUUCGAUGAGGAAUUGGGUCGUGGAUCCUUCAAGACAGUGUUCAGAGGACUGGACACCGAAACUGGAGUUGCUGUAGCGUGGUGUGAGCUACAAGAUAGUAAACUGAAUAAAGCUGAACGUCAGAGGUUCCGAGAAGAAGCUGAGAUGUUAAAAGGUCUUCAACAUCCAAACAUUGUACGGUUCUACGAUUACUGGGAACGGUCUGAAGCUACGGGUAAACGAAAGUAAGCUAACACAACUUUUAAACAACUUUUAAGUUUUGAACGUGCAGAUUGAUAUUUUAAAGUAUAGUUUUUGAGUUCAUCAGCUAAUAUUUAUAUAAUUUUAGGUACAUUGUGUUGGUGACCGAACUCAUGACGUCAGGAACAUUAAAGAUGUACCUGAAAAGGUUCAAACGUAUCAACAUCAAGGUUCUGAAGUCAUGGUGCAGACAGAUUUUGAAGGGCUUACACUUUCUUCAUACCCGAAACCCUCCAGUGAUCCACAGAGAUCUUAAGUGUGACAAUAUCUUUAUCACCGGUACUACUGGAAGUGUCAAGAUCGGAGAUCUGGGCUUGGCGACGUUGAAAAACAAGUCUCAUGCCAAAAGUGUCAUUGGUAGGUGUUGGUAAUGUAUUGAAAGCAAUUUUAUAAUAUAUAUUUGAUGAUUUUAGGUAACGAUUACUUAUUGUUUUUAUUAUAUGUAUGUCCUGUUAUAGGUACUCCCGAGUUCAUGGCUCCAGAGAUGUACGAUGAACAGUACGAUGAGAGUGUUGAUGUAUAUGCCUUUGGCAUGUGUCUUCUGGAGAUGGUGACGGGCGAAUACCCUUACUCUGAAUGCCAGUACCCAGCGCAAAUCUACCGAAAAGUCAUAUCGGUAUGUUACAUUGAGUUCUUUUUAGUUAUUUGGCUUUUUAUGCCUUUAUGUAUUACUGAAUUGACUAUGGUAAUUUUAGGGUGUGAAGCCAGGUUGCUUCGAUCGAGUUCCAAAACAAUAUCCAGAGAUCCGAGAUAUUAUUGAUCGUUGUAUCCGGCUACGGAGAGAGGAACGGUGCACUGUGAAACAGCUACUGAAUGACGACUUUUUCACUCCAGAAGAACAGUUCGGCAUCAGAAUCGACAUCAAGAACAGGGAGAACGAUCUCAACGAGGCCAAUAACGAAGUGAGUCUAAAGUUUCUAUGUUCAUUUCCAUAAACCAGUUGUAAUAUAACGUAUAACUUGUAUAUUAAACAACGUUAUAUUGUGUUUAUGUUGAUUACCUUGUCUAUUUAGAUCCAAAUGCAACUCCGAGUGUUCGAUGAAAAGAAGAGAACUCAGUACAAGUUCAAGGAAAAUGAAGGUCUACAGUUUGCAUUCGACAUUGAGACUGACAAAGCUGAAGAAGUGGUUGCCCAGAUGAUUGAGCAACAGCAUAUUCCUGAUGUGGACACUAAAAUGAUCAUCAAAAUGAUCAAGGAUAAGGUGGACAACUUCAAAAGGGAUCGGGAACAGAGGAGGAAUGACCUGAAACGGCAAAGAGAAGAGGAGGAACGGAGGAAAGAAGAACAAGCAGUCAAAGAGGAGCUACAGGCAAGGAAGAAUCAGCGAGAAGCAUUGGCAGCUGCUCAAGCUCAAAACGACCAAGUACAGCAAGUUCAGAAUGAAGUGCACGAAAACAACGUUCAGAUGCCGGUGAUGGAGGACAGUCAAGACGGAGGGCUUUCUUCUAAUCAGACAACGUACAAUGGCACUAGUGGCAUAAAGAGGGCCAAGAAGAAGAUCAUCCUCGAGAUUUUGAAUGUUCAGUAUAAUACUGAGGCCGCUAAUCAGCCUGUAGGUCUUUAAAUAGAACAGUACUGUUAAUACUAUUCCUUUUCAUCUUCUUUAACUAUAAUAAGAAGCUAAACAAUGUUCUUUUCAGUUGGUCAGUUGUAAAAUGGACACAGCCCACAAGACCGUGACCUUCCGCUUCGCUCCCGAUUCAGACCAGCCUAAUGUGAUCGCGGCCAAGUUGGUGAACCAGGAUUGUCUGUCAGAAGCCAACAUGACAGCAGUAAUAGAACAGUUGGAGAAGGUUAUCGAAGUUGUGAAUGAGAACCCAGAAAAGAGUAUUGGGUUGAGGCUGACGAGUGUGGUGGAACAGUUGAAGGACGAUGGCAAGAAGUUCAGCAUGGAAGUUCAUCGACCUUCCACACCAAAGUUGGCUCCAGACGGUCAGAUUCAGAAGGCUGGACGAUUCUCGGUAGCACCGGCUGUCACUAACACUUUCAACUUUGACACUAAACCGGCAGAAAAGGUAGGAAUCCGACUCAUAUUGUUUAUCAAGUUGAGAGUUGUCGUAGAUAGGUUAAAGCUUACUUUAAACUUUUGAACAUUAAAUUCUAAAGUUUAGUGACGUUUCUUUCUAGGUAGAGGUGUCACUGCCAGUAGAAGAGCCACAACAACAACAGUCAGAGCCGGCUGCCUCUGCCGCCGCAUCUGAACACAAAGUCUCCAGGUUCCGUGUCCAAGCAGUCCCAGCCCCACUCCAAAUUCAAAACUCAAUCGACCAGUCGGUUGCCCCUCCAUCUGCCUCAAUGUCAGCCCAGUCCACCAUCCACAAUCUGAAUCCUCCCACAAUGUCUUCAGCUGACCCUUCGUUGGCGCAUCUGGAGUCAGAAUUGAGGAAGGUGAGUGGUGUCUCUGCUGCGGCUACCCAUUCCGACACUAGUAUUCACCAUACAAACACGGAUGAACUGGUCAAAAAUGCUUCGAUCCCUCCUACACCAGGCCAUAGUGAAGAGCAGCAACACAACUUGUCUUCACUUCCAGAACGGCUACAAGAGAUCGCAGAUCAAACUCAUCAACACGAAGAAGAAACACCCAGGGUCACGUUACCUAUAACGAGGAAUGGAAGCCGUUCUACUUCAGUAGCACCCACAGAUGAGAUUGAUACUGUAGAAUCGAAGCCGAUUCAAGUCGAUACUUUGAAUGGUCUGGCGUCUGCGCUUCAAAAGGUAAGGGUUUACUUUAGUUUUUAAAAGUAUUUGUUACCUAAAUUAAGUUUUUAUCAAUUUUUAAUUUUGCGUUGUUUAUUACCUAAAAUAUUUCAUAAUUGACAAAAAAAUUUAGGUAAUCAAACCAGAAGCGCGGGAUUCAGCUUCUGUUCCUCCUGGCUACGAUGUUCAUGCUACUCACACUGUUAGACAGUCACCUCCGCCCAAUCACAUCUCCAUGGACAGUGUUCAUCAACAGUUUGAGCAGGAGAUGAACAAGGUAAGGCUAUUGUGGCAGCGGUAUACUAGUUUGGUCAAAAAGUGUGUAGAAUUGUUUUGUAUUCUUUCUAUUUACUUUCUGACCAAACCUCAUAUUGAUAUAGUGGUUAGGUGUUCCUCAGUUGUUAACCAUUUGCUGUUUUUUGUUUUUAAUGUGAUUGUAACUUGUUUGGUCCUGCAGCCUCAACCUAACCACGAACCGUGUGUAACAGAAGAGCCCCACCCCCUCGUCGCCUCUCACAAUUCUCUUUCCCCCGCCACUACGACAACAUGCUCAUCGUCUGCCGAGAGCUCCACCAACAAGUCUGAGGUCGUGCUGGACAGAAGGCCCUCGAUUCUACCGUACAAGCCAGAGGUCAUACCCCAGACGGAUCCACGGUCAGUGCCAAGCACGCCUUCAGAAGCAACGCCUCUGGCGUCGUUUGGAGAAUCCGUGCACUCUAUCCUCGCUGCUACACAAAGUGUCCCGAAUCAGACGAUCACGGUGAUCUCUUCUGUCCCGCAUCUGGAGAAGAAGAUGUCGACGGCCAGUGCCACUCCCCAACUCCAGUCCCAGCCUUUGGCCGAUCUCAAAGAUCUGGACAAUGCUCUGAGCUGCACGUUGGGGAGUCGAUCUUUGUCCGUAGCACCAGUGAUGCAAAGCAGGAUGGAGGACUUGCACGAUGAGGCAGAAGAGAGGCUACGUCAUACUAAAAGAGUACCUCCAGCUUUGAAUAUUCAACAACUUCCUCAAAUUGACAGCGAGAAGGCGGCCUUCACCGUGGGAUCUCCAAAGCGACAAUCAGAAUCUUUGAUGGAAGAAGAGUCAACGGAAGAACAAUAUUGUUGUUUAGUGAAGGAGGUGUACUGUAGCUUUGAAUGUGCUAUAUACAAUGCCAUCCAACAGGUCACGUUUUACUGUUAUGCUCUUUGUGUUAUGCUGCUGUUUUAGUUGUUAUCCAUGAUUUUCAGAAAUAUUAACUUGCAUCGUUUUAGCUGGAAGACGAGAUCGAGAAUGAGUACGACGAGACCGUGCAACGACUCUUGCAUAAGUGAGUAUCCGCUAUUUAAGAUUGAGUUAUUGUAAAUUGCAACAAUGACAUUACUUUUUUUCAUUAUUUUUAUGUUUGUUUAAUUUAUUGUUCAUUUUAGUCACAAACGAGAACUUGAGAUGGUACUGGAAAGGCAGAGACGCGAGCUAUUGGUUCUGAGACACCAAAGACACCGUCACCGCGCCCAUACAGCUAUCCCCUACUUGAACAAUGCACAGCAAGUCGUGCCGGUACCUGUGAAUCCUGUAGACACUUCGCCGAUUCAACUGGCAGCCGUACCUUCCAAUUCUGCCAUCGAUUUGAGCCAGUCGGUUAUCGUACAAGGCCCUGACCGGCCGAUGAUCGUGAGAUCGGCCACGACCAGAGUCCCAAGCUCAGGAUCCUUCCAACCGGGACAAAAACUACCGCCCAAGAUGAUCGUCACCCCACCCAACUCCCCCCAAAGACAUUCCGUCCAAGUGGAAUCGGCAGCUUUUGAGCCGUUGGUCCGGCCGGCUUCCUCGUCCUUUAGUGGCCAGAUCCAGCCUCCGGAAAUGAUGCACAAACGUCAGUCCGAGGACCUCCAACAGAUGGUACCUUCCCCAAAGUCGGACUCUCGCCGCAGCUCCAAGGACCACCAGUCGGUUUCCUCCAAAAUCAAGUCUUUCUUCAGCAGAGGCCCACACCAGAAGUCGGCCCGGAACCACAAGUCCGUCCACAAAAUCUAG